AAAAAUAAAUCUUGUUUUUUAAAAAAAAUAAAAUCUUUGCUUUUAAAAAUAUGAGUUCUCUAGUAAAUUCUAAUUCUUGGCAAAACAAACUUAAAUCAUGUAAAGGAGACUAUCCAACAUUAAAACAACAAAAAACAAUUGAAGAAAAUUUUCAACGAGAUGAUAUCUUUGGACACAAAUAUAACGUUAAUGAUCUAUUUAAACAGUUCUACAAAGUUUGGCCUGAAGAAUCUCAAAGAGUAAAACCAAAAAGACAACCAAAUUCUUUCAUGAUAUUAAGAGCCGUCUUAGGAUUAGUGGCAAAUGAUAAAAAUAUUAAGUCCAAAAUUGGAGAUGGAACAGAACAGAGUAGGCUUGCAUCGUUUAUUUGGGGCGGAGCGAGUGAAAAUGAAAAAAAUAAAUUUGAACAAUUAUGCUCUGAAUUUAAAACAUUACACCGCCAACUCUACCCUCAAUACGUUUACAAACCAACUCCCAGAAAUACAAAAGUUGGUUCCGUCGUGGAGAUAAAAACGGCAGAAUCAUACCAGUCUCUUGGUAUUUCAACAAGUAUAUCCGCUCCCAUGGGUCACAUAGGGCAUUCUUUCCAAACAGAGAUAAAUGACACUUACCAACACCAAGAAGAAAUGGAGAUGGAAAUAAAUACAAGUGAAUUAGAUCAGCACACAUUCUUUGAUGGUUAUUUCCCCUAUGUACAAUAUAAUAAUCAACAUUAUUCUUCGAUUUCCGUAAAUUGCCCAGAUCCAAAUGAUGGUCAAACAUCAUUUAGUGGCAACGUCGAUCUACUCACACCAUAUUUCACCACAGUCCGUCAUCCUUUUGGAAGUUAUCAGGAUCUACAAUUUCCCCGUGCGGGACAAAAUAAUAAUAAAUUUUAUAAAUAA